UGAGACUAGGGAUAUGGAAAAUUCUUCAGCCUUUUGGUCAACCCUCAAUCGAUCCAUGGAAGAAGAGAUGAUGAAUUUCGUGUUGGUAUCUCUCUCAGUUGUGUCCUCCCUCUUCUACUGCAGCGCCAUUGCUGGUAAGUUUGUUCCCCAUGGAACUGCAAGAUUUCUUGCUGUUUGCCCUGUGAUUUGCCUCUUUCUAUACCUUCCUCUCUUCCUCAACACUGUCAGUCUCGGCGCUACAAUCUCUUUCAUGAUCUCAUGGCUUGCCAACUUCAGGCUCCUCCUCUUCGCCUUUGGCCGAGGCCCUUUAUCCUCCCCCCUCUCAUUCCCCAAUUUCGUGCUCGUCGCCAUCCUACCCAUCAAAGUUCGUGUUAGAACAAACUCGGGACUCAAAACCCACAAAUCACCUCUAAACUAUGCUGCAAAGGCCGCCCUCGAGGCUGUGGUCAUUUACUUGCUGUCACGUUACAGAAGCUUGCUACACCCCAAACUCGUAACCUCGCUCUACUGCUUCCACAUUUACAUCUCUCUGGAGUUCUGGCUUGCCAUUAUGGCGGCUCUAGCUCGAGCUUUGGCCCGGCUGGAGAUCGACCCAGGGUUCGACGAGCCCUACCUAGCAAGCUCACUGCAAGAUUUUUGGGGCAGAAGAUGGAAUCUCAUUGUAGCGAGCACUCUCCGGCCAGCCGUUUAUGAUCCUGUAAGAAGAGUUGCCGCAACUUGGAUGGGAAGAGAAUGGGCUUCCAUGGCGGCAGUGGUUGCGACGUUUUCUGUGUCUGGUCUGAUGCAUGAGUUGAUUCUCUACCAUGUUGAAAGAAGGAAACCAACGUGGGAGAUGACGGGCUUCUUCCUCCUCCAUGAAGUCUGUUUGGGCCUGGAAAUCCGUGUCAAGAAAGCUCUGAAUAUUGGCAAGUUUGGGCUGCCAUGGAUGGUGUCCGGGCCAAUGGUGAUUUUGUUUGUGGUGUUUACUGGUUCAUGCCUAUUUUUUCCUCCGAUUGUAAGAUGCGAAACCGACAUCAGGACCGGGAGAGAGACUGCUGCUGUACUAGACUUUGUGAAGCAUCUUACAUAUUUAGAUUGAC